AUGAAGCGCGUUGAGAAUGAAUAUCACUCUUACUGGCCAAAGCUGCUCGUGCUUAUGAAAUGUUGGCCCAUUCAGCGUCCAAUCGUUAUUCGAGAGGGAUAUGUUUCUACCUUAUUCUAUCUCCAUUCCCUGGAGGGCUUCCGCGGGAUAAAAUUGUCAAUAAGUAUUUCCCGCUCUCCGGGUAAGUCUGGGGAUGAAGCUAAUGCUGUCAUAUUCUGGAGUAUUUUAGGAUCAUCCACACCUCCCGCACCUGUUGGAUCACAGACACGUAAAACAUACUGA